CUUCAGAAACGACGGAGAACUGUGGAGGAUUUCAACAAGUUCUGCACCUUUGUUCUGGCCUAUGCAGGCUACAUCCCCUACCCUGAAGAGUAUGUGCACUGGACCCACGGAGGCAGCAUGAGCCCCCAGAACAGCACGGGAAGCACUCAGGACAGCGAUAGCUCACAAGUCAAACGGAAGAAACCACCAGCAAAGAAACGGAUUCUGGAGCAGGAGCUGAAGAGGAGGGGGCCACUGAAUGCUUGGAAGGACUUUGGGGCAGAGCAGAAUGGGAUGAAGAAACUGACUGCACUGGCGAGACAGCUGUCUCCUGUGAAAGAGGAGCUAUUGGAGUCUUCUCUCAACUCAUCUGAGGAUCCCCAGCCCAACUCCGUCCUGGAGCAGCCGAUGUGUGGAGCUCAGGGGAUCGAGAAGCCAGAAGAUGAUCCUCAAUUAAAGGAGCAUGACUCCUCCUCUGGAGGGAGGAAAAGCCCAAGUUCCUGUAAUACCUUGGACCAAAGCAAAGAGGAAGAUGCAAGCAGAAGGACCUCCCAGCUCAGUGAUGACGAUGCCUGGGAUCUGAUCACCUGCUUCUGCAUGAAGCCCUUUGCAGGGAGGCCCAUGAUCGAAUGUAAUGAAUGCGCUACCUGGAUCCACCUCUCUUGUGCCAAGAUCCGCAAAUCCAACGUGCCUGACAUUUUCAUCUGCCAGCGAUGCCGAGAUGCCAAGCAGGAGAUUCGCCGCUCAAACCGAGCGCGGACAGUGCCCCGUAAGCGCCUCGUCGACUGA